UUUGUCCACAAGCUUCCAUUCCAUUUCCUACAGCUUCUCUUCUUCAUCUGUUUGCACAAGGGUCUGUGGGUCUUUCAUGCAUUCAGAGGCUUCUCAAUUCUGAGCAGUCGCAAUGGACAGAAUGUGGAAGAGGCCCAACAACAGUAACAGUAGCAACAAUCCUCCAAGCCCAUAUGUGCAAAGGUUCUGUAAGUCUGCACCAUGUUCGCCUGCAAAGGAUAUAGUUAAAAAGACCAGUAAUGGCCCUGCUAGAGCUGAUUCCUUCCACGUUGUGCAUAAAGUACCUGCUGGGGAUACUCCAUAUGUCAGGGCCAAGCAUGUACAGUUGGUGGACAAAGAGCCUGACAGAGCAAUAGCUCUGUUUUGGGCUGCAAUUAACGCAGGAGACAGGGUAGAUAGUGCUUUGAAAGACAUGGCAAUUGUCAUGAAACAACAAAACAGGCCUGAAGAAGCAAUUGAAGCUAUUAAGUCACUGAGAAACCGUUGCUCUGAUCAAGCCCAAGAGUCUUUGGACAAUGUAUUGCUAGACUUAUACAAGAGGUGUGGAAGACUGGAUGACCAGAUUGCACUGUUGAAGCACAAGCUCAACUUGAUUCAUCAGGGCUUGGCAUUCAAUGGAAAAAGAACCAAAACUGCCAGAUCACAGGGGAAGAAGUUUCAAGUUUCUAUAGAACAAGAGGCUACAAGAUUACUUGGGAACUUGGGCUGGGCAUAUAUGCAACAGUCCAAUUACAUUGCUGCAGAGGCUGUAUACAGGAAAGCCUUAUCCAUUGAACUAGACAACAACAAGAUGUGCAAUCUUGGUAUAUGUUUAAUGCAUCAAGGAAGGGUUGUUGAGGCUAGAUCAAUGCUACAAAAUGUAAAGCCCGCAUCUGCAAAUGGUUUAUGGGGACUUGAUUCUCACUUGAAGUCCUAUGAAAGAGCCCAAGAGAUGCUAAGAGAGCUUGAAGGAAAACCAACCAACUAUAAUCCCCUAAAAGAAAACUCUGCCGUUGAAAGCCUCAAGUCCUCUGUGUGGCAAUCCCUGCCAUGUCCGUGGAAGCAUACUGAAAAUCAUCAGAAUGAAGAUGAGAAACUAAUUCCUGUCUCUGUGGAUUGGGAUGCUACUGCGCUCCAUGCAACAUCUGGAUUUGGACCAUUCACCUGCACUGAGAAUUGUGACUCAGACAAAGGUGAAGAUGGUUUCGGGAAUGAAAAUGUAAAUAUUAACACCAGCAUCAAUAUCUCAGCUCCCUCUAAAAGCAGGACUCCAUUUGGGUUACCUCCAAAAACAGAGAUCUUGAGCCAAAGGCUUGAUAAAAUUUGCUUGAAAGAAAAUGGUUAUGCGAAAGGUUCAGCUGUUCUUUCUCAGCCAUCUUCCCGUAGAGAUCAAUCAGGUCUGAAUAUUGCAGCUCCACCAUUUUUUUCUAAAAAUGCCAGUCAAGGAGACCAGCAGUCCUUAUUUUCAAAAGGUUUGGGACAAAACAUUGAGAAAAGGGCAUCUAUUGCAUCUAUAGGAACAAAUGAUCACCCUAGGAUGCCAUUCGAAGAAAAGAGAGUUUUGGGUACAGUACUCAAUGGAGCUACUACAAAAGCAAAGAGACCUAUAUUUCCAGAUCAAAGCUUGGAGACUGAAGCGAGUUCUUCAUAUGUAGACCAGAGAAUGGAGAAUGAAACAAUGUCUUCUUUUCUAGGCCAGAGUUUGGAGAAUGAAAUAAUGCCUUCUUUUCUAGGCCAGAGCCUGGAGAAUGAAACGAAGCCUUUUUUGGUUGGCCAGAACUUGCAGAAUGAAGCAAGGCCUUUUCUUCUAUGUCAGAGCUCGGACAUUGAGUCAAAAUGUUCGUUUCUAGGCCAGAGUUUGGAGGAAACGAGGCCUUCAUUCAUAGGCGGCCAUAGCCGGAAGAAUGAAAUGAGGCCUGCAACUAGGAGGUCACUCUCAUUUGAGUCCAUUGGUGUUGAUCUUCCUCCUUUGCCAAAUAAGGCCAUGAAAAUGACAAACAGCAACACAGAGCCCCUACUGACACAUGACAACAAUAUUGCUGAUCCAUGGGAUACUUUGGGAUUCAUUGAAGCUCCAGAUAGCAAGGACUUCGAACAAUUCGCGGCGCCGGCCUUCUCUGAGACACCUAAUUCAAUCCAUCCUACUCAGCAAAGGAAGUGUCAUGGCCGCCUUAGAGUCUUCCAGGAGAUGACACUUCCCCCAAGCCCGAAGGCCUGAACUAAAUAGGAGGAUGCUCACCUUGCAUAUUGCAUGCCCAAAUUAUAAAUAUUGUUUUUCCUAUUUCAAUCAUAUCUGAUAUGAUGUUAAUAUUUAAAUUGGCUAGUAUAGUAUGAUUAUAGCCCUCUGGACAUUUCGAAAGGGUGUGAAUUUUCUCCUAUCAGGAGAACCAAGGAAUGUAGACUGAAUAGAAUCAGCAGCAAAGUUGCGAAGAAUAUUUGACAGCACAAAAGUGCUGCAUCUUCCCGCUGCGAAAACAACAUUUAUUCAUUUAUUCAUUGAAGUGAGGAUUGCUGCUCAUACUACAUGUAUGGUAUGCAUAUAAAAUAUAUGUGAUUAUGCAUAUAAAAUAUAUGUGAUUUAUUAUGUUUCUUGAUUUUAUCUA